GUAUUUUUAACUAUAAAUAGAUCACUGACAUGCACAAUUUUGACAUUCGGCCUUCCGUAAUCAACUAAUUUAUUUUCCCGAAUGGAUGCUAUGUCGCCGGUAUCCGAUUCGGAGAAAAUAAAUGUGGCGACCGUCGAUGGACUUUACAAGGCAUUGGCGAGCGGCGACACUAAAAAAGUCACCGAAGUUGUGGGAAAUGACCUGGAAUGGUGGUUCCAUGGACCGCCGAAUUGUCAUCACAUGAUGCGGGUGCUCACGGGAGAAUCAACUUAUAAUGAGUUCGAAUUCGAGCCUCGCAGUAUUAGUGGUAUUGGUGAUCGUGUGAUUGUUGAAGGCUAUGAAGGUGCAAGUGUGUAUUGGGUGCAUGUGUGGAGCUUGAACAAUGGUGCAAUCACUCAGUUCAGGGAGUAUUUCAACACUUGGCUCACUGUCAGAGAGUUGCGACCAUUGAGUAGGAUGGUUCGACGCCGUGGCUCGAGUUCGACCCUGUGGCGAAGCCAGCCCAGGGACCUCUUCAAGCGAUCCUUGCCAGCACUUGUGCUAGCCAUGUGAAUUCAUAUGUACAUGUCUUAAUAUCGGGGUUACUCUUUGUUCAGAACUGCUUGAAUAAGAACCAAAUUAAAUCGGUGGAACACGAAAACAGACUGAAAUAUAUUGCCUUUGAUGA